AUGAGACGCCUUUUCCGCACCACGCGGGCGCUUUGGAUGCGGUUCGACAAGGAAAAUCCACCCAACGAAUCGCCUACCAACGAUGCCAAGGAUUCUGCCCCUCCGGUUCGAUUUACGCCCUUGACGGAAACGAUGAAACCCAAGGCGGUUUCCUUGGAUUUCACCCCCUUUCCGCUCCCCAAGUACGACACCGCGUUGGGUUUUGGGCCGGUCCGACUGACUAACAUCCCCGACAUUGAAAAGACCCGGGAGCGCAUGCGGCAACCCCCGGCCCCCCGCCCCAACCCCCCGCGGACGUUGGUCGAGGUGGCACCCCCCGUUGAGGAGGGGUUUUUGCAGCCCGCGGAUCUUUUCGACGACGGCCUGGCGGCCCCCCGCCGCCCGAUCCCAUCCGCCCCGGACGCGGGAUUGGAUCUUCAGGGCUACGAAGUCGCCCCGCGCUUUCCCGCGGUGGAUCGCCUCGAAUGCCGGCGGUCCGUCGGGGAUCUUCUCGCGCAGUUCGCGAAUCGCCCCCAGCGGGAGGCGCGGACGGCGACGGUUUGGGAUUUCGCCUCCAGCCUCCCCCGCCGCUCCAACGCGGACCUCACGCGGAUGUUUUACGAACUCGGCGGCCUUUUCACCCCUCACGGGCGGGGGUUGCAAUUCCCGAUGAUUAAGGUGGUGAAGUAUGGCCGCCCGUAUUUCGUCUCGAGCAGCCUCUUGCAAGCUUUUUGGGGGCUUCUGGAGGCCGCCACGGAGACGUUUACGCUGGAGCAGCCCGAGCGGCUUUGCCAGUCCCCCCCGCUUUUUCUCCAACUCCUUCAUUUCCUCGCGCUGGUGAAAGUUUUUGAGCCGAAUUUGUGGUUCUCGCCGAACCCGACGAUGAUCCAAAACAGGGCGGAUUACUCCCAUCCAAGGGGUGUAAACCGCUCGGUCUCCCACCAACGGACCGGGGAGGAUUUGUUCGAUUACAUGAUGAGCCUUCUUCUUAUGGUUGACGAGCCUCAACUUCCGAAUAAUGAUCGGGGAAGCUCCUUUUUAGAUCGGUUUUCAUUCGAACAGCUCUUAGAUUUGCUUGGCGGGCUCGCCGCGGUGAUGCCAGAUGGUCGUCCGGAGGGAAAAGUCGUCAACGCGAUUUUGCAGAACCUUAUCAAGAGGUGGGAAAAUCAGCAUAACGAGGUCCGAAGCCUCGACGAGGUGAGGAAUUUAGAGCGCUUAUACUUAAUCCUGAAUUUGAUGAACAUCAAGUGCAAUGGGAUUUUAUGUGCCCUUCUCGAAGGCGGCGGCGAAAACGAGGAGGAAAAGUUGAUGAAAAGCUUAGGACGAUGUGCCUUUCCGGCGAUUUCUUUGCGUCUUCAUCCAUCAUUGGGGCAAACUAACAGCGAUGCUGUGCGCGGCCCGGAUUUCUUCGCUAGCGUCUCGCGCGAGAAAAGCGCCGAGGUGCUCCGCCGCGCCGUAGUGGAGCUCCGUCGUAGCCUUUUGUUUGCGCAUAAAACGCAGAAUAAGGCGCUUCUGCUUUCUCUUGCGGAAAGCGGAAUGGAGCUUUUGAUGGUACUGCCUGAUAAGGAUGAGGCUGUACGCGUGGCUCGGGCGGAGGGGCUUGAUCACUUGUUAUUAGAAAACAUCCCAGGUUUGGAAAUAGUGAAGGAGCGAAUUCAGCUCGAAGAAGGUGAGCGCAUUCCGGAUGUGGUGGAAAAUUUACAUGAUCUUCAACCUUUUCUGAGCAAGGCGGACUUGGAGUAUUCUCCAAGGUAUCUUACUCAAUAUCAAGGUAAGUUUGUGCACCCUAUUCGAACCCUGCUAUCGGAUUUAAUUUUUGUGAACUCAAUAGAUAACGUCCUCCUUUUACAUUCUAGCAUUGUGGAAAAGUCCGUGAGCCCGCUUAUUUCGACAAUUCAUCAACGCGGGCGGAGCGGGAAAGAUCUUCUUCUGAUCACCACUUCCUGUUUGCGCGCACUUGAAGUGGAAUUACGCUAUUCGGAGGGCGAAAAGCGGCACAAUUUCUACAAACGCGCACUCGAAGCGAUUGGCUACGAGCUUGAGCAAGGCCGUGCCAUUUUAGUCCCUUUCACGGAGGAGCUCCUUUUGCACGACGCUCGAACGUACUGCGAUGAGGAUUUAAUUUUAUGGACCUUGGCGGCCUUUUUCGCGCGAGAGCUACCUUUAGUGAAAGUGCUCACUCUUAUUAGUCGUACCUCACUCGCAUCGCGCCCGUAUCACUAUUUAAAGGGCGAGCAUAGCCCUCUUUCCGCCGGAGAGGAGGAUCUUUACCGUCAAAACGUGCCUUUAUUGCAGGCCCUUCGUAGUAAAGAACUACGUGCGGUAACGCGUUCCGCUGUUGUGCAGGCUCCUGUUCGUGAUCGACCGACGGCGAUGUUUUACCGCGUGAACCCUUCCCGGCGGCGUUUUCUUUACCGCCGCGAUAAGGCGCUUUUUGAUAAAUAUCACGUGGUAGCGCGUAAUAUAUCGCCUGGUUUUAGCCAAGGCGCCCUUGCCAGUGAUUUACGUGGCCUUGGCUUUUAUACGCCCGAUCACCCUCAGGUUCCUUACACCCCUCUUCCCAGAAUUCUACAAAAACACCUCUCUGCCUAA